AUUCCAGUAAUGGGAGUUCCCGGUAAUGCCUUCCACCCUCCCACUUCAGCACAGACAUAAAAGCAGCAGUCUUCCUUGUACUCUCACGCACUGUUAUUGACAUUCGUCUACCAAAAGAUAUGGCUGCCGACCCACAGCAAGUUCCAGGGCAAGGCGAAAGCCCUGCGCAGCAAAAAAGCCUGAUGCAUUGCCCCAUUUCUCAUGCACACAGGGAAGAUUUUUCUAAAAUCAUAAAGGAAUGUAAAGAGGAGAGUUUCUGGUACAGAGCUCUGCCUCUGUCCGUUACAAGCAUGCUAGCCACACAAGCCCUCAUCUACAAAGGAUAUCUGUCAAAGAACAUACGGUUUGGUUCCUUGCCGAAGCUUGCCUUGGCUGGUUUUCUUGGGUUCGCCAUUGGAAAAAUAUCGUAUGCAGGAACAUGCCAGAAAAAGUUUGAGAAACUAGGAGCACAAAACCCAUUCGAAGCUGGAUUUGGCCCUGGUAUGGGAGCUGGAUUUGGUCCAGGAUUUUUCAGAAGUCAUCACAAGAAUUGUCCCCACGUCUGUGAGGAGUGCAAAAAGAAAUGUGCCAAGGACAAACAGCAGAGUGCCCAGCCAACCACUGUUUCUUCCUAAACUUGAAUUGCCCCCAUGAAUGUGGACGCACUGCUUAACCGAAAUAUCUCAUUUCCUCGUUCUUGAUGUUUAUAAUAAAAUUGAUUUUUAUAACAAA